ACCAGCGUGACCGCGUGCGAGCCACGAACGUGAGCUGAAACACGCAUACGUGAUCAGAUUACAACUGUGGCCGUGCGUGCUACGUAUUCGUGAUCCGACGACUGGAGUGGCUACGUGCGAGUCACGAACGUGAACUGGUCGUGCUAUUAUCUUGCUUGAAUUUCCCUACCGUCGGACAUUGCUCCAACCUAUAUUUUAAACUGUGAUUUUUAUGAAUCCAUGCAAUUUUCCCAGUGCUCUAAAUUACCUUUCAUUUCACCCGCCAGUGCAUUUUUAUCUCUAACUAAUUAUCGCUUAAUCGGUUUGAACGUUAUUGUGAGGACGGAUUGCACAAAAACUUUACUCUCUCUACUCAAGUUUGUCACAACUGUAAAUUGCAUCAUUAAUCACCUCGCAGGCUUUAUUCCAUUAAUAGAUCAGUCAUCUAAAUCAAAAGUUAUCUCCAGUGAUUGCUCCAUGUAGGCUGCUUGCCACGGAUCAUCAAAAUAACACUGUCAACGCCAGAAAUUUUUCCAAAUAAACUAAGCGAUCAAUUUCAAGAAAUUAUUUAACACUUUCAUACCGUCACAAUGAGCAUCGUUGGAGGGUUUUCGAUGCCUCAAAACUUCAACCAUCAUUUGUCUGCAUCCCCGGCUUCCCUUUACCAACAUCACGGAUACUAUGGCCACGCAAGUCCCCCGAACCAACUUUACCAUGGCUGGGGCUACUCACCUAUCAACAACCACAACUCUUAUGGUACCACAGGGGGUACAGUAGGCAUGGGUACCAACGGGUACUGUGGUCAAGACAUGACCAUGGAGUAUUCAUCAUCUGGUAUGGACAGAAGCUCUGGUCUCAUGACUGGACUCAUGAACGGUGGACCAGUGGGUAAUAUGUUGGAUUACCAUCAUCAUCACCUGCACCACCACCAUGACUAUAUCGAGGUGGUUGACUCAUGUGGCAGGAUUGUCAAGCGGAGGUCUUCUGCGAACAAGAAAGAGCGACGCAGAACCCAAAGUAUCAACAACGCCUUCGCGGAACUGCGGGACUGUAUCCCUAAUGUCCCCCCGGACACAAAACUUUCCAAGAUCAAGACCCUGAGGUUAGCCACCUCUUACAUUGACUACCUUAUGGCCCUUCUGCAUUCUUCGUCUUCCUCCACCGCAUCGUCUUCAUCAUCAUCAUCGUCGUCUUCUUCUUCAACUUCUUCGUUAGUAUCCACAUCAUCCACGUCAGUCACAACCACUCCUCCGACCACUCCUCCAUCUGUAUCCAGCGUCCCUCAUCUCCCCGCAUUAUCCAAUUCCUCGAAUGUCUCUGCGUCGACCCCGCCGCCAGCCUCGACCAGCGGGGAGUGUAUGACACUCCAGCACCUACCACACAACCGAUUACCUCAGCAGCAGCACCAUCACCACCAGCAACAAGUUACUGUCAAUAACAGUGAAUAUCUCGCCGAAUAUCCUUCGAGAUUAACAUUCAGUGGGGAGAAUAACAUUGCAAACAUUAACCAUGGCAGCAACAUCUCGGAUGAGCACCAGCAGCACAAUGCGCCUGCACUCAAGGGCGCUGGCGAGGGCGACGCUGCGGGCAAGAAGUGCAGGACAGGCUGGCCUGAGGCGGUCUGGGCCAACGAGCUCAAGAAGGAGAAGUGAUCUCCUCCGCUGCAACACACACGGCUCCUGCCUUGUGACUAAAUGAACUCGUCUAAGUACACGUAGCGGCUCAAGUGCACUUAACGGCCCAAGUACACGUAAUGGCCCAAGUACACGUAGCGGCCCAGGUACACUUAGCGGCUUAGGUACGCGCAUCGAUUUGUCUUUUAUGAUUGGUGGAUUUAAAAAAGCCGUCAGUGAUUGCAUGACAGAGUUACGAACUCGCAACUAAUUUUGACAGUACGGCCCCAAGAAGUCGAUUGAGAAUAUGGAAAUGUGCAAAACUGUUCUUCAAGCCGAGCGUUUCUGCGACCGUUGUCGUAAUCAUGAACAUAAAUUCUAAGAGCAAAAUUAAGUAUUUUCUGUUAAAAGAAAUUGCGACUAUCUUAGUUGCAAAGAAAUUAAUUAAAAAUAAGCAAAAGUGAGAAUUAAUGGCUUUUUAAUGUCAUUCUUUAAGCUUUCAUUAUUCUUUUCAUGACAAUUUACGGAAAACCAAGCAACUAAUACCUCAUUUUUAGUUUAUCGUUUAAUCUUGGCGAAAUAAUUUAAUUGAUUAAUUCAAUUUUUUCUCUAAUUAUUUCCUUGGAGACUUAUCCCAGCCGAGCUUAUUAUAACAUAAAUAGCAAUUUGUUACACUAGGAUGUAUACGUACAUUGAGCUGGAUGAUCGACAUGAAUUUAUAACUAAUAAUUAAAAGUCGAUUUUAAUAUUGCAUGUAUUCUUGGUGUUUGCUUCAAUUGAUCUCAUUCGUUCUUUAUUGUACAUACCUACGAUGCAAGCGUUAACUGCUUUUGCCCCCUUCUCAAAUUCGCGAACAUUUGCAUUUUCAAAUUAUAUUAUGAAGAUAAACAGCAAAAUAUUGUAUGACGAUAUUAUUCCAGGAGCUCUGGAAGGAUAUUGACCAAGGAUUAUCAAUUAAGUCUCUCUUUUAUUCUCCUUAAAACUUGUUAAUAAUAUGAAAAUCCAAUUAUUAUCUGUGCAAAUUUUUUGUAUAUAA